AGAGGUUUAGACAAAUCAUACAUACAGAUUUCAACCCCAAAACAAAAUGGCACCAACAAAAAAAGUAAUCCAACUCCUCGCAAACAUCCUAGACCUCUCCCACCCAACCCUGCAACAACAAUCCACGAGCAAAUCCGGAAUAUUCGACCAAAAACCUCAACCAAAACCAAAACGCCCAACAGAUUUACCAAAGAUUAUUGUUCCCCGUAAGCGAGAAACAUGUUCACCAGGAGCUUUGGAAGGGGUAUUGAAUUCUGGGGUUGAGUAUGUACGGCUUUUUCGGGUGUGUCGGGGUGAGCAGGUUGGUGAGGCUUGUGUUGGGGGUGUCAAAAAGGCUGAAGAGGGUGUAGAGCAACUCGUAAAAGAAAUCGACCAAACAAAACAAGACAUUCAAAAAACUUUUUCAGAAUCCGUUUCGUAUUGCACAAAAGAUCUCGUUACAUACCUCCAUACCCGAUUAUCCCAUCUCCAAGCCCUUCAUGAACGAGAUCUCGCGAGAGUGAGGCGAGCAUGCCGGGGACAAUUGGCAGAUAUGGUCGCACGAGUCGUAUCAGAUGCAAAGAAACAUCGCGAGACAGCCAACAUUGUCCUUCAAAACCGUCAUGAACUACAAUUGGAAUCUAUUCAGGAACAUAUAUUUGAUAUGAAGCGACAGGCACGGAGGAGGGCGGAUGUGAUUAGCAAGUUACGAAGUCAAGUUGCGAGAGCGCAUAUUGCGUUGAAGAAGCAUGGGAUUUACGAAAAUGAGGUCUCACAAAACAUUACAGACGACCGAAUCCGAACCGAAGACCUCCUAACCUCCCUCCAAACCUCCCUCCACGAAAAAGAACAAACAAUCAAAUCCCUAACAGAACGUCUAACAGAGCUAGACCAACAAGCCGAAAAAAAGCGAUCUACAUCCGCCAAUGCCACACGAAAAAGUUCGCGGAGAUCUUCUGUUAAGCAGGGGAGUGGAGGGGCCAGACGACCUACUCAGAGAGUUUAUGGAGAUCAUCGAAAGAGUAUAUUGGAAAAGGAUCGGAAAAUGAGUGUGGAGUGGAAAUCGGGUGUGGAGGAUGGGUUGAGUUCUCCUACACUUCCAUCUGUGGCGUACCAACAAGUACAUUCUCACCCCCAACAACCACAACCACAGCAACAGCAAGAUCAGCAAGAUCAACAAGAUCAACAACAACAGCAAGACCCACCCGCCCUAAAAGAAACAACAAUAGCCCUCCUAAACUCUCUAACAACACUGUACGAAACCCGCCUCGAAGACAUCCAAACCACCCAUAACACAACCCUAACCACCCUCCAAACCAACCUUACCACAAAAAUAGAGGAAUACCGUCUCGCAUGCCAAGAAGCCCAAGCUGCCCUCGCAGAUCCGAUUGUAAAGGGGUGUAUACGAGGGGGGUUGAAGACUGUUUCGCCGUUUGUGAGGGGGUUGUUUCCACGGGGUGUGAGAGAGGGGUUUAGAGAAGUCGGUGUUCAGUGUAAUUUGGAUCCGUUUUCGGGGGGUGGGGAGGGGAGUGGGUAG